UGAUGUUUUUCUGCUGUUUUUUUUUAUGGUAAGGUAGAUUGAUGUGUUUUCUUUCUACUAAAUGUAUUGGUACGUCAUUGUAUUUACAAACUUCAAAGUACUUUGCUUAGGAGAGAGUGGUCUGCAAGCAGGCAGGCAGCUCGAGAUCAUUUGAUUGGCUAUCUCCCGAGAAAGUUGUGUGUCGGCAUUUAAAAAGCUGUAGUGUAUGUACCCUUUCAGACAAAACAAACAUACCAUAGCCGAGGCGCUUUCAAGGAGCCACAUUCCAUGUCUGAAAGGGGUAUAGCUCAAAUGGUUUUGUAAUAUUUCAGUCUUCUGUGUGUAUAUAAAGUUUAAUAUUGGGAUGCAAACUCAAAAUACAUUCAACUCUAUAUCUGACAUGGUACAGGUGUAUUUUAUUUUUAAGCCCAUAACCAUGUGUGUGGGGUGUAUACUUUUGUUUCAAAGUAGAUUUGUUUAAGACUACCAAGAAACACUGUGUGACCUUGAUUUAGCCCACUGCAGUAAAAGGUUAAAUAACAAAUAAUGUACACAGAUCUCUUAAAUAUACACACAGCUAAUGAACACAUUCCAAAAUAUCAUGUUUUAUACAGUGUAGCUCCUGCUGUGUUAGUUUACAACUUCUGGAGCCGAUCCAGAGAUCACCCCCCUGAUUGGGUUAUCAGAGUUAUUUUUUGACCGCAGCCGAAGAUGUUUGGGAUUGGGAGUGCUGCAGUUUUUUCACUGACAGGGAAAUAUAGGACUAGUAAACGCCCAGUGCGCCACUUUGUGAGAUUUUUUAAAUUACAUUUCUUAUUCCUAAAUAUUUUUUUGUUUAGACUUUUCAGGGCGUGUGGCAGCACCCCUACUUCUCACGCCUAUGCUUACAGACCUGUUCUGCAGAGACUUAUGUAAGAACCACCACGUGGUCUAAAGGGUUGCGCUCCAGUGAUAGUAUAAAAGCUCAGCCUGUUACACUAAGCAGCACACAGGAGCUUCACAUGAGAAGAGUCCUAUCACUUGCCCUCCCAUCAAGCAAGACCGCCACAGACAUUCUCAAUCCUGACAACCAUGUCACCUCCAAGAAAUACAGACCUGAAAAAGAAGAAUAAGGAUCAUCAUUACACAGACGUGCACGGCCUGCCAUGCAUUGAGAAGAUCGUGGCGUCUGUGGAUGAGACCCCAGAGGCCAUCAGCACUAAGAUCAGUGGAACUAUCCCAGAGUGGAUUAGUGGCAAUUUCCUCAGAAACGGACCAGGAAAGUUUGAGAUUGGUAAUAAUAAAUUCAACCACUGGUUUGAUGGAAUGGCCCUCCUGCAUCAGUUCAAAAUCGCAGGGGGUCAGGUGACCUACAAGAGCCGCUUCCUGGGCAGUGACUGCUACACGGCUAACAGUGAGAACAGCCGUAUUGUUGUGUCUGAAUUCGGGACUGUGGCCAUGCCAGACCCCUGCAAGAACUUCUUCCAGCGCUUUCUGUCCCGGUUCGAACUGCCAAAAGCGUCAGAUAAUGACAAUGUGAGCUUUGUGACGUACAAAGGUAAUUACUACGUGAGCACGGAGACUAACUUCAUGCACAAGGUGGACCCUGAGACACUUGAAACAAAGGAAAAGGUGGACUGGAGCAAAUUCAUCGCUGUCAAUGGAGCCACUGCCCACCCCCACACAGACCCUGAUGGUACAACAUACAACAUGGGGAAUUCUUACUCUGCUAAAGGUGCAAUUUACAAUAUAAUCCGCGUGCCUCCGACAAAGACAACGCCAGAAAACCCAGAGGAAACCCUGGAGGGAGCUACUGUGGUCUGUUCUAUUCCCUCAGUGGACAAGGCAAGACCUUCAUACUACCACAGCUUUGCAAUGUCGGAGAAUUACGUGGUGUUUAUUGAGCAGCCUAUAAAAAUGGACCUCUUGAAGAUUGUUACAGGCAAGCUGAGAGGAAAGGGUAUCAGCGAUGGGGUCUACUGGGACCCUAAACUUGAGACCAUCUUUCAUUUGAUUAACAAGCAAGCAGGCAAGCUCUACUCAGUCAAGUAUCACGCCAAAGCCCUAUCCACGUUCCACCAGAUCAAUGCCUGGGAGGAGAAUGGCUUCCUGGUUAUGGACCUCUGUGCCGCAGACGAUGGCAAAGCCAUCAACAACUACAUGGUUCAGAACAUGCGCAAGUCAGGAGAGGCUCUCGACGAGGUGUACAACACUAUGUGCAGAGUGUUCCCCCGGCGAUUUGUCUUGCCUCUCAACGUCGACAUGGAGACACCCUGUGGGCAAAAUCUGAACACACGCCCCGACAGUACCGCCACUGCCACCAAGACUGCUAAGGACAAGGUGUUUUGUACACAUGAGGAUCUGCACGAUGAGGAACUCCAUAAGUACGGAGGUCUCGAGUUCCCACAAAUCAACUAUGCCAAGUACAACACCAAACCAUAUCGCUACUUCUACGGUUGCGGUUUCAGACAUCUAGUAGGAGACACUCUCAUCAAGAUGGACCUCCAAGGCAAAAGAAUGAAGGUGUGGGAGCAUCCUGGACUGUACCCUUCAGAGCCUGUCUUUAUACCCUUGCCUGGCGCUACAGAAGAGGAUGAAGGUGUCAUUAUGUCUGUGGUCAUCACUCCAAAUAAGGACAAAAGCACGUUCCUGUUGGUUUUGGAUGCCAAGACAUUCAAAGAGUUGGGCAGAGCUGAGGUGCCUGUGAACAUUCCCUAUGGUUUCCAUGGGACAUUCAAUUCCACUAUGACUCAUAGAAGACUUCUAUCAGAAAAAAAAUUAGGAGGCCCAUCAGAGUAACAACACAAAGGUGUGAAUUGUACUGUGUUCUCCAUUUUUCAUUUCUUAUAAAGUAUAUCCUUUCUGAUGAUUGACUAGAUAGCCAUCAAAGCA